GGUAGUGUCCACUAGGAGGCUUGACUAAAAAGACAUUUGUCAGGACGCAAACAUUUAUAUCGUGAACUGUAAAAUAUAGAUUAAACGAUGAUUUAAAGGACCGAAUCGUUGCUGUUGGAGGACACGGCGUUUAUUGGAUGAGACUGGAGCCGAAAUGUUCGUGUAAAAUCGCCUAGAUCAAAUCUAUGAAUUCCUUACCGCCCUCCAGCACUGCUGUUAGUAGCCCUGUCAGCUCCAUAGACUCGCCACUCUCGGUCGUCAGCUCGUCCAUCUGCUCUCCUGGUGUUCCUGGCACCCCAUCGGUCGGCUAUGGACCCAACAGCAACCCUCAGAUAAACUCCUCCAUGUCUGUGUCUGGGUUACAUGCUGUCAGCAGCUCUGAUGAUGUGAAACCACCUUUUGGCCUGAAGUCUGUUGGUGGCUCUGGUCCAAUGCUAUCACAGAAACGCUUGUGUGCCAUUUGUGGAGACCGAUCCUCUGGUAAGCACUAUGGCGUGCAUAGUUGUGAAGGCUGCAAGGGUUUCUUCAAGCGCACAGUUCGGAAGGACCUGAGCUACACCUGCAGGGACAACAAGGAGUGUUUGGUGGACAAACGCCAACGUAAUCGCUGCCAGUACUGCCGCUAUCAGAAAUGCCUGGCCACAGGGAUGAAAAGAGAAGCUGUUCAGGAAGAUCGUCAAAAGAAUAAGGAGCAGGAGGGAGACUAUGAAUGCAGCAGUGCAGUGAAUGACGAGAUGCCAGUGGAGAAGAUUCUGGAAGCUGAGACAGCUGUAGAGUACAGGACAGACCUGCACUCUGAUGCCACUGGUUCACCCAAUGAUCCAGUCACUAACAUCUGCCAGGCUGCAGACAAACAGCUGUACACCCUGGUGGAGUGGGCCAAGAGAAUCCCUCAUUUCUCUGAGCUGUCUCUGGACGACCAAGUCAUCCUGCUCAGGGCUGGAUGGAAUGAGCUCCUGAUUGCUGCCUUCUCCCAUCGCUCCAUCAGCGUGAAGGAUGAGAUUCUGUUGGCCACAGGUCUGCAUGUGCCCAGAGACAGUACUCACAACUUUGGUGGGGAGGCCUUCUGUGACAGAGAGAGUGCAGAGGUGGGAGCAUUAUUCGACAGGGUGCUGACUGAGUUGGUCUGUAAGAUGCGUGAUAUGCAAAUGGACAAGACAGAGCUUGGCUGUCUGCGUGCCAUAGUUCUGUUUAACCCAGAUGCCAAAGGUUUGACUAGCACCAGUGAGGUGGAGCUUCUCAGAGAGAAAGUGUAUGCAUCCCUGGAGACCUACUGCAAGCAGAAGUACCCAGAUCAUCAGGGGAGGUUUGCCAAGCUCCUCCUCAGGCUCCCUGCAUUGCGUUCCAUUGGCCUUAAAUGUCUGGAGCACCUGUUCUUCUUUAAACUGAUUGGAGACACCCCUAUUGACACUUUCCUCAUGGAGAUGCUGGAGUCACCUCACUAGCUGUGUCAGAGACAGGAGACAGGGUUUUUCUGCCCUAGGUCCUGGUGAUAAAUGUGACUGCACUUUCUUCCUAAGGGAAACACAGUGAUUGUUCAGCCUCUGGUCUGGGGGUAUUUUAUUUUAAUUUUGUUUGUUUGUUUAUACUUUAUUUUUCUCCUCUUUACUAUCUCUUAACUCUUUCCCCGCCAGCGUUUUUAAAAAAAAGUUGCCAGCCACCGCCAGGGUUUUUGACGAUUUUCGCUAAAUUUAAUGGCCCGCAGAAUAUUUUCUUCCAUGAAUAUAUGAAGAUGCUAUAUAUCACAAUAAAGAUCUGAGCCUCUGCUUUUAGGCAAAAAAACCGAUUUUAUUUUAUCUUCAUUUGUUCUUUUUUUAUUGCCACUUGAACAGAGGCAGGUUUUGUCAAAAAACAACAUUUCAGACAAAAAGCUGUGAAAAAGGCAUGUUUAUGUCUGAUAUUUUGAGCUUCUCAUACUCCACUUCUUCAUGUUUGAGACGAUCGCAGUCUGUUUCUUUGAUCAAAGAGUUGCGUACUCUUUCAAAACAUGCGCAGGGGUCUUCCUUACUGUAUAACACCUAAAACACGGAAACCCGGAAAAUUCCGUGUUUGGCGGGGAAGCGUUUUUUCAUAAAACACGGAAAAUUCCGUGUUUGGCGGGGAAAGAGUUAAGUGCACCACAAAGUCAAGAGACCCAAAACUUGCCAUGAAAAUAUUGGUGCUACAUUUCAACAGUAAGCUAAUUCUUUAUAUAUAUAUAUAUAUAUUCAUAUACAGUACUGUGCAAAAGUCUAAGGCACAUAACAUUUUUCACAAAAGCAUUUGUCUUAAGAUGGUUAUUUAUAUCUUCAGCUUUAGACUCCCAAACAUUCCUUUUGCAAAUAGAAAAGAUUAGAAUAGAAGAACAGGGAGCCCUGCAACAGAUGUCAUGGCCCUCAAAAAGCCCCUCACUGAACAUUGUGUCAAUCUAAGAUUACAUAAAGAGACAGAAGCAGUUGAGACAGACUAAAUAGAUAGAAGAACUGUGGCGAAUUCUCCAAGAAGCUUGAAACAUCCCAUCUGCCAACAACCACGAAAAACUGUGUCCAGGUGUCCCUAGGAGACUUGGUGCUGUUUUAUACGCAAAGGUGGUCACACCAAAUAUUAAUGUAGCUUUUUUGUAUGAUGUUAAUUGAUAAAUGAAAAAUAUUAAUGGCAUUAUUUUUGAAGACAUUCUCACUAUGCAACAUUUUUCACAAGUGCCUAAAACCUUUGCACAGUAAUGUACACACACAUUAUAUAUAUAUAUCACACACACACACACACACACACACACAAGUUUAAAAAUGUUUUAAGUAUGGAAGCACCAUUUACCUGACUGGCUUAGAUAAGUGGGGUUUACAUUUUGAUAGAACCAUUUGAGGCUUUUAAACACACUGUGGAUGAUAAGCUUUAAUUGUAUGUAAGUGUGCUUCUCCAUCUCUUGAGUUUGGGUGCUUUUUUUCCUAUAUGGUUAAUUUAUAUUGCCUCGACCUACAAGGACUGGUCAGAUGGGCAGAUAGAUAAAUCAUCUCAUUUGGUAUUAUAGUUUAAAUUGACAGUAAUUUGCCUGUGAGAGUAAUCUGGCAAAGAAUCUAUAUGCAAUGAAGCUUGAAACGAUGCAAAGCAAAAUACUAGAUGUUUAAUCUUCAAAAGACGCAAUUUACAUGACAUUGUGCAAUGUUAAGCCUAAAUACAGGUGGAUGCAAGGGAAAUACAAGCACUCUUUAUUAUCUCAUGCACUCAUUUUAUUAUCACGUCAUAAGUGCUUGACUGGCAUAUGCUUGAUAUAUAUAUUUUUAUUUAACAUGACAGAAGAAAGGAACAACAAAGACAAAUCUCUUUUAAAUUUUUGUAUGAAGCAGGCAGAUAUUUUUCGUUCUCCCCCCCCGAAGUGUCCUAGGCUAAAAUUGUCUUAAAACUGGCUCGUAACAUUGGUUUUACUAUAGUUAGCUGUCAGUUAAUGAUACACUCUCUUAUCACAUAUUGGAUCACUGUAAAAGAGUGAUAAUUCCUUAAGUUAACUGCACUAAACUAAAGAAAUGUCAUUCCAAAUUUGUAAUUUUUUUUGACCAGGGUCAUACAUGUGUGUGUAUAUGUAUGUAUAUAUAUAUAUAUAUAUAUAUAUAUAUAUAUGUAUAUAUAACGCAUUACAUUUUUUUUUUACUUUGGUGCUGCCCUGAAAAAAAGUGCACACUUAAAGUGCACAUCUUCAGCUUUAUAGAGUUACUAAAUCUGAGCAAUAUGAAAGUUCAUCAGCAGACUGUUGAGUUGACUUACUGUUUGUAUUUGGAAAACCUUCCAACUUGAAAUUUCUACAAUUUAUUUCUUCUAGUACUGUGCAGACCCUAUUGUUCAGAGACUUUGUGCAGCUAUUGACAGAAAUCUCUCGCUCUCUCUCUCUCUCUCUAUAUAUAUCUUGCUUUUAUCUCUUAAAUCUUUUGUUGGCAUACAGCUUGCAGAAAAGAAGACAGUUGCAUUGGAUUUUACCACAAAUCCUAAAACUUUUGAUUUUGUCUUUUAUUUUCUCUGUGACCUGAGCUUAUUUGCUGUUUGUUUCUUUUUGACUUGCCAAUUUUUAAUUUUUUUUCCAUGGCAUCUCUCUGUGGCAAAAUUUAUGGUGACAAAUGCAAACUCACUUAUGCCAUACAUAUAUCUAACAAACACAAAAGCUUGUUUUUGUAUGGUCUUGUACAACCAACAUCUUUACUGCAUUAGGCAUAUUUCAAUGUCUGUUGUUGCACUAAAAUUGUCAUACAAUUAUGAUUGUAAUGAGUUUCCAUAAGUUAUGAUGUUGUCACAGCUCAUUUUAAAAGAGCUUAGUGCAAGAGAACCAUCUGCUGUACAUGACCCUAAAUAAAGGUGGUGAAAUG